AUGGCGUUCAUUUCCUUUAUAUCAAGAAAUGUCUUGCUCUCCAUUUUGAUUCAAGUGUUCUUCCUUGCAACUCCUAAUCUCUCUGCCUUCAUUGGGAUCCCGCUGCCACCAGAAGCCCGCGGUCCUGAAUCCCUUGCCUUUGAUUCAACAGGAGCUCUCUAUACAGGUGUUAUUGAUGGUAGAAUAUUGAAAUUUCCAGCAUUCCAACAACCACCUUUAUCUUUUGCCUUCACUUCUCGAAACAGGUCAGUGGCAGCUUGUGCUGGUAUCACUAGUCCAACACCGGCCUGCGGAAGACCUUUGGGUCUGUUGUCGGCAGGACCUAAUGGAGCGCUUGCUACACAAAUUGCAACUUCUGCAGAUGGUCAGAAUUUCGUCUUUUGCAACGCUCUGGAUGUUGACCAGCGAUCUGGAACUGUUUAUUUUACAGAAUUCAGUACUGUCUAUGAUAUAAGGAAUGGACCACAAGCAAUAGUCAACAAUGAUUCAACAGGCCGGUUAUUGAAAUAUGACCCGAAGACUAAUACUGUCACGACAUUGCUUAGAAACCUUUCCGGGGCAGCCGGGACAGCAGUGAGUAGAGAUGGUUCAUUUGUGCUUGUGACAGAGUUCAUUGCAAAUAGAACUCGAAAAUUUUGGCUAAACGGUCCGAAAGCAAAUACAGCAGAGAUUCUCAUUACCUCCCAUCUAAGGCCUGAUAACAUCAAGAGAACCAUCAGAGGAGAUUUUUGGAUUGCUGCGAUGAUGCUGAAAGCAGCAACACAGACUUUAGUGGCCAUAAGGCAAUUGGUCAGGGAGUCUGGUGCCAUAUUGCGAACAGUUUCUCUUGAGGCGGAGUAUGGCACCACUUUUAUCAGUGAAGUUCAAGAGUAUGCUGGCGCACUCUACGUUGGCUCUCGAUUUACAACUUCCAUUGGGGUUUACAGGCCUUUCUGA